AUGGCUAGUCUGAAACGUGCUCGUAGUGAUAACGAUCAUCACACAGAAAAGUUGAUUGUCACUAACGUUGAGGAAGAAUACAACUGUCCGAUAUGUUUUGAAUUGAUUAGUGAAGCGUUUGUUACACGUUGCGGCCACAGUUUUUGUAGUAAAUGUUUAAAUCGUACAGUUGAACAACAUCAUCGUUGUCCAAAAUGUCAGAAUUCACUGGCAUCCGCUGAUAUAUUUCCAAAUUAUACAUUAAAUUCAUUGAUUGAAAAAUAUCGUCAGCAAAAACCAUUAUCAAAUGAAUUUGAUAAACAAGGUGGUGUUGUUGAACAUAUUUCAAAUAUGGUGACAAAUCUCAAGUCAUUACAAUCAGCAGAUUUGGAUCAUUUGAUUAAUAUAAUCCAGGAACAUAAAGAAAAGUUGGAUGCGAAUAGUGAAUAUGUCCAUAAUCGUUUAUUAAAAAUAUUUUUACUUCAUGUUCAUCAAGAACGAAGUAGCGCAUUGGAUUCAUUAUCAAAAGAAUUAAGUAUUGUCGAUUAUGAUUUAAAACAAAUGAAUAAACGGCAAAAAAUCACUAGCUCAUCAUUACCAUCUUCAUCAGCAAUAAUAAUCACAACAACGAAAUCUCUGCUAAAAACUGAUAAUAAAAAUCAACAAGUUGCUGAUCGUAGAGCAAAUGAUGGAGAAAAUGAUAAUGCAAUAGUCAAUGAUAAUGUUCCAAUAUGGAGUGCAAUUGGUGUACAGGAUCUACGUGCGACACCGGAAACAAAUGAAGAAAAGCAAACUAAUACAGCUGCUUCAACAACACUAACGUCGACACAUCAAGUCAAAGCAGAAAGUAUCGAUGCUAGGCUCGCAUCUGGAGCUGUGGUUCCGGAAGAAAAGCAAUCAACAACAGAUAUUGAACAUCGAACAAAAAUAAUGAUGCGUUUCGUUGAAGAUCUAACAAAUAUUUAUUUUUCAACUCGUAAUUCACGUCGUCUGAGUGUUGACAAUGGCAAGUAG